AGUUAUUACGGUAAUAACUGUCGUAAACGGGUUGUUACCGUAGUAGUGCGUUGCUCCUGCUAAAGCUAAACUGCGUUUUUCGUGCUAAAUGCUGCUUAACAUGACAAUGACUGACAAUACCGUCGCUGUAUCGCUUCUUCAUAUAGAAACGUCCUUAUAAAGCUGUAACCUAAAAGAUAAAACCUUGCAAAGGCGGAAGUGGUAAUGUUUUCUAAAUGGACAGCUGACUGGUAGCCAGUAAGCUAAUGUAGCAACAGAGGAUUUUUACAUGCUUUGCUAGCUAGUUUAUCGACCUCCUGUGGAUAGGUGUCGUUCACAUUGACGGAUAUCAUGGCAGACUCAGCGCCGUUAUCAGGAGUUAAUGUUGUUCUGGUUAUGGCCUACGGGAGCCUGGUAAGUAGCGUUAAAACGCACUUUCUGUCUCCUCUUAUGCGCUGAAUCAAAACCCUCACCCCCUCUCAUGUGGUUUUCUGUGCAGGUGUUUGUGCUGCUGUUUAUCUUUGUCAAAAGGCAGAUUAUGCGUUUCGCUAUGAGAUCCCGCCGAGGACCGCACGCCCCAAUUGGACACAAUGCACCCAAGGUAAAGUGACUCCUUCAUGAGGUAGUAGGGGAGACCGGGGCUUGUUCUCACAUGGUUGUCACAUUGCAAUUAUCUUUGCCACCAAAGGGCGCAACUAAAAAGUGGAAUACUAGUUUUCUACCUUUAUAUGGUCAGGGGUUGUGUCCUGUCUGGGAAGAGAAGACCACAUUGUGAGCUGAGAUGAGCGCCAAUUAACCAUUUUGCACAACCCAAAGUAAAAACAAUUAACUUUGUAUAUUUUAAAAUAAGCUUCUCCAAAAUGAAAAUCCCAGCAGUGUUACAUGUGGACUCGUUAGAAGUUAUUGUUCUGUUUUAAGCUAACUUUAAGCUAGAGCUAGAAUAAGCAAACAUGGUAGUUUGGGGCAACAUGUCUCAGUCAUUUUGGGGUUAGUUGUCACAUGUUUAAAAGGGAUUAAAAUUAACAUUGAGACUCUAAUCAUCAACAGUUGUCAUAUUUAAAUUUGGACUUUAUUUUUACAGAUAAAAAAGUGGUUUAAAGGAGAGGAGAAAGCAAAAAGACAUGGUCAGGAAUUACAAAAGAAAAACAGAACAUGGCAGUGUGACAACAAGCCCCGGUCUCCCCUAUUCACCUUGUUUUCAGGGGUUUCUGGACUUAUAUGAAGCUGCUGUUGGUCUAAGAGAGUUUCUUUUUUAUCUAUGAAUGAAUAUUUAGGGUCUGAGGGAGGAGAUUGACUCCAAGUUGUCAAAGGUCCAGGAGAUCCGUUUUGAGCCUCGCCUCCUAUCAGAGGAAGAUGACAGGCUGAAACACGGAUCACAAAUUAGUGAGUCACUUCAUCAGCUCAUUUUAUCACUGAACACAGCCUUUCCUUUGAGCAUUUUAACAAAAUCAUGUUCUUAUUCAAAGGUUGCUACAACUACCUGUACAGAAUGAGAGCUCUAGAUGCCAUCCGAGACUCAGGUAGGGGUUGAAUUCUCAAGCCUACAACUGGUUUUUGACAAGCACAUGCAAUAUUUUCUCAUUUCAAGUAAAUGAACCUCAUCUUUUUGCAUAUUUACUACCUCAUAUGACAGAGCAGUGGAUCUAAAAACCUGUGUUCUACAAAUCCUUAAAGGGAUAUUCUGGCGUAAAAUUAAUUUAGGGUCAAACACACCAUAACACCAAGUUAGACUCCCCCUCGAGAGAUGAAUGUUGCCGACCACUUGCUUCUCUAGUUAUACCAACUUAAGCCUGCUCUGUUACACAUAGAUAAUGCUCACUGUGCUUACUAAGUAAUACUCAUUGCAAGGUUUUGUUUUGUCCUCUCUAAUAUCCUUGUUCCAUCCUGUCUGGACCUAAGGUAUUCCCCUGCAGGAGAUAAGCCGCUGUCCCAGUGCUUUCACAGGACGAAACUUCAGGAACUGGUUGCUGGAGUUGCGUAACUCCCACUCUUUGAUCAAAAGCAGCCGCAGCGCACUUAUCGACCGUUUGCUUGAGGGUUAUGACAGCGCUCGACAUGGGACCGGGGUGAGAAAAUGAUAUUUUUUUAAAGAGAAUAAAGAGAACAGAACCUGGUUUGAUUUAUAUUUGAACAUGCCACUGAUCUUACUCUAUCUCUUUGUUUAAGGUGUUUGGGGAAGCUGAGUUUCUUGAAUACCAGCAGGCUCUCAAUGAACUAGCUGAUGUGUAAGUGCAGUAUUAGAGUUUCAUAUAUUUGAGAUCACAUGCUUCAAAAUAAAACACAAGAUGUGUCUUGAUUUGAGGGGAACUAUUGAGGAGAACAGGUAUGGAAUUAAUAGACGUUUAUGUAUUGAUUCAAACCAAAUGAAUGAUUAAAACCUGAGGCCUUUUUAAUUGAAGGUAAAGUGUUUUCAGAACUACAAAACAUUUUAAUUCUGGGAAAGAGUGAUCUUCAUGUCCUUUUAGAACAGGCAUGUCUAUACAGGAUAGGUUUGAACUCGUCUCCAUCAAUUAAAGAUCUCAUGCUGUUUUCAUUUUUCUUCUCCAUGUAGGGUAAAAGCCUAUUCCAGCACCACCAGCUUAGACCAGCAUCACCAGUCAGCAGCGAAGGACCUGACGGGUUCUCCUGUCCGUGGCACCCCCUCUACCAUCCAGGUCACCUACCUACCCUCCACAGGUCAGCGCAGCAAGAGGCCCAAACACUUCCUGGAGCUGAAAAGUUUCAAAGACAACUACAACACACUGGAGAGCACACUGUGAGGGACCCAUUGUUGGGAAGUGUGUGUAUGUGUGUGUCAACGCAGAUUAAAGGGAAACCAAAAGUUGUUUAAGGUGAUCGGGUGACCAGGUCAGUUACGCUGAGGUCUUGGUUCUGAUUUUGGACCUACAAGAGUGUUCCCAGGAACAACAUGAUUGUAAUAAAUCUGCCUGGGUUUCUUUGUAAAAAGUUUCACUUUUUUAUUUUCCUUGAAUGUAAAUAUGACUGUCCCUUCUAUUUCACUUUAUUUAUGCAGAGUUAAGAGGUUUAUAUGGAGGAUAAUUUAUUUUCCUGACUGUGUUUGUAUCAAUGUGAUGUUGUGGUUCAAGAAUAAAACAGUCUUGACCCCUCAUGCUUUCAUUUUUAAUGUCUUUAUUUUCUCCACUAGGUGGCAGUACAAGGUUAAAGAGGAAAGAUGCAACAGGAGAGAAGAUAAAUUAGGUCAUAGCUUAACAAAUACAACAGACAAACCAAGUUUGAUAACGUAUUAAAAUAUAAUAAUAUAUAGAAUAGUAUAUAAUAUAAUAAUAAUAAUAAGACAAAAGGAAACAGACUUAACUUCAAUGAAUCUAUCUACAAUGUUCACAGUAAAUGGUAACACACUUUAUAAAAAAUGUCCAUCCUGGAUCAUAAAGGAAAGCACAUAACAGAAGAAGAACUUUAAGGACUUUACAAAACAUGUUUAGAAACGAGGAAAAAGCAAGAUAAGCAGUUUUAUAAGCGCUAUGUUUCAUAUAUGGCAGCAAACUAACUAACCUCCAGCUUUACAAGCAUGUCUUAUUACAGCAUAACUAAAACUUAACAUAGCAUUAUUAAUCUUAAUAUAUCAACUCCCUGUCAUGUCAGAGAACUACAUUUAAGUUAAACAUCACUCAUGUUUUAGUAUCAACGACUGCAUGCCUGCUGUUGGCAAUGUGGUGCAAAGCACUGAGGAAUGUGACCUGAACCCUGACGCUCAGGAAGGAGGCUGAAGAAAUCCUUAAAACACUCAACACAAUCCCAUUACUUAUACAUAUUUUGAAAGGAUGCAUCAUAGAAACUUAAUAGAACUUACAAGUUUUAGUCUUAACCCAUCAUUUUAAACAGAGAGGUUCAAACAGCUGAUUUCAGACUGCAGACUGAAAGAAACUUUUUACAGCACCAAGAACUUUACCAAACUCUUACAUCUUCAAGAUGUGCCAACAAAGUACAGAAAGAGUUCAGUAAAAUUCUUUGCACAGCUCUUUCCUCGCUUCUUUCUUGACACACUUUGAAUUUCUUUGAAACUUUUCGCUCUCAUAUACUGUUUGAAACGGCGAAAAAAGCUAGAAAAGGCAUGCAGAGCAGCCUUGAAAGGAGCUAUGAGGUACAAAGGGAUGACCAGUGUGCUUUGACACCAUGAGGUCUGUGAAGGCAGCCUGUUUUUAUCACUGCAGAGCUGUUUCUCGCUAAGUAGAUGGUGAAAUUAUCUGUCUAUUUACAAUGCUUUUAACCUCCGGUCAUACCACUGGUUGUCUCUCCAUUCAGGACAUGAUCUCAAUGACUUUGAUGAACGGGAGGGCCUUAUUGUUUGCAGAUGUCGGUGUGAGUGGUUUACUGUGCAGAGAGAGAACAUAAGUGUUAAAGGAUUGAAGGAGAAAAUGAUCGAUAAUGUUGAAUGGUAACU